CUAAGAAUGACCUAUUCUGGACAUUUCAUAUAAAUGGGAUCAUACACUACGUGACUUUGGUGACUGGCUUCUUUCAUUCAGGAAGAGAUCACUUUCUGGUGCGAGUCUCAGGCCCACCCUAAGAGGGAAGGAAGAGGAGCACCCUCAGUUUACAGUUGAAAGGAAAGAGGCACAGAGAUGCUAAGAGAUGUACUCCAGGCCAUAGAGCAGAACAACGCCUGGUACUUCCUGGGAACUUGGUGUUUGCCGAAUGAAUAUGUGCCCUGUGCCCGCUGGGCCUGGGGAAAAGGCGGGAGUGAGAAAGAGCCUGUCUACCUGCACAGAGCUCCCGGGUAACCAAACCACUCCAAGGGAUGCUGCCCAUCGCAGAACACCUACUGCACCUCCUGGGAGUGGAGAAGACCUCGUUCCGCCUGUAUGCCCUGACUGGCUUCCUCCUCUCCCUGCUCUUCUUCCUCUUCCGCCUGGUGAUGCAGUUCCUGAGGCUCUGCUGGCGCUUCUACGUCACCUGCCGCCGCCUGAGCUGCUUCCCCCAGCCACCCCGGCGCAGCUGGCUGCUGGGCCACCUCGGCAUGUAUCUUCCAAAUGAGACGGGCCUCCAAGAUGAGAAGAAGGUGCUGGACAACAUGCACCAUGUGAUUCUGGUGUGGAUUGGACCCAUCCUGCCACUGUUGGUUUUGGUGCACCCUGACUACAUCAAGCCCCUAGUGGGUGCCUCAGCUGCCAUCGCCCCCAAGGAUGACCUUUUCUAUGGUUUCCUGAAACCUUGGCUAGGAGAUGGGCUGCUGCUGAGCAAAGGUGACAAAUGGAGCCGCCACCGCCGCCUGCUGACACCUGCCUUCCACUUCGACAUCCUGAAGCCCUACAUGAAGAUCUUCAACCAGUGCACUGACAUCAUGCAUGGUAAAUGGCGGCGCCUGGCACAGGGCUCAGUGGUCUCCCUUGACAUGUUUGAGCAUGUCAGCCUCAUGACCCUGGACAGUCUUCAGAAAUGUGUCUUCAGCCACAACAGCAACUGCCAGGAGAAGAUGAGCGAUUACAUCUCGGCCAUCAUUGAGCUGAGUGCCCUGGUGGUCAGGCGUCAGUAUCGCCUGCAUCACCACAUAGACUUCAUCUACCACCUCACGGCAGAUGGGCGGCGAUUCCGGCAGGCCUGUGACACCGUGCACCGCUUCACCACGGAGGUCAUCCAGGAGCGGCGGCGGGCACUCCGCCAGCAGGGGGCUGAGGCCUGGCUGAAGGGCAAGCAGGGCAAGACCUUGGACUUCAUCGAUGUGCUGCUCCUGGCGCGGGAUGAAGAUGGGAAGGAACUGUCCGAUGAGGACAUCCGAGCUGAGGCGGACACCUUUAUGUUUGAAGGUCACGACACAACAUCCAGUGGGCUCUCGUGGGUGCUCUUCAACUUGGCCAAGUAUCCAGAGUACCAGGAGAAGUGCCGGGAAGAGAUCCAGGAAGUCAUGAAAGGCCGGGAGCUGGAAGAGCUGGAGUGGGAUGACCUGACUCAGCUGCCCUUCACCACCAUGUGCAUCAAGGAAAGCCUACGCCAGUUCCCGCCAGUGACCUUGGUCUCCCGCCGCUGCACGGAGGACAUCAAGCUUCCAGAUGGGCGCAUCAUCCCCAAAGGAAUUAUCUGCCUGGUCAGCAUCUAUGGGACCCACCACAACCCCACCGUGUGGCCUGACUCCAAGGUGUACAACCCCUAUCGCUUUGACCCGGACAACCCACAGCAGCGCUCCCCACUGGCCUACGUGCCAUUCUCCGCAGGACCCAGGAACUGCAUCGGACAGAGCUUUGCCAUGGCUGAGAUGCGCGUGGCCGUGGCGCUGACGCUGCUGCGCUUCCGCCUGAGCGUGGACCGAACGCGCAAGGUGCGGCGGAAGCCCGAGCUCAUCCUGCGCACGGAGAACGGCAUCUGGCUCAACGUGGAGCCGCUGCCUCCGCGGGCCUGAGCGCUGGCGCUUCCCUGCGGAACUCCGGGGGCCCAAGCCCCGCCCGGAGAGGCCCAGGCCCCGCCCCCGAGGGCCCAGGCCCCGCCCCCAAGAUCCUGAGGGCAGAAACCACACCCCUCGAAGUUCACGUUCGGUUCCCAGAGGACCAGCUCCUCCGUGGAGAAGCCUGACGGUGCAAGCCACGCCCCUCACGACAAGGCUCCGCCUCCUGGCGGUCUGGUCCCGCCCCUUGAGGUCCAGGUCCUGUCCCCUGAGGGCCCGUUCCGGCUCUCCUGCUUGAAGGAUCAGGCUUGGCCAAAUCUUGGGCCCAGACCCCUCCCAGGAUCCAGAGCAUUCAGGGCCUCAGGCCCCAUCCAGCCAGCCACCCAAGGACUUAAGACCCAACACCUAAGGCCUCUGGGAUUCGGGACCAGUACCCCCGUGGAUUCCGGCUGCCUUCCAAGUUGAGGACUUGGGAGCUAGAGCCCGAAUUUAGAGCCCUGAGCCCGGACAUCACCUUCUUGAGGCUCCUAGCUCAUUUGGGCGAACUCCUCUGGCAUCUGGCUGCAUCCCAGGGCUCAGGAUGUGUGCUUCUGCUGUUUGUAAAUCUAGACCCUCCCUCACAAGCCCCUUCCUUCCUCCCUUGCUGAAAGGCCCUUCGCUGAGUGUCCUGAUUUUUGUAGAAUAAAAGCAAGGGAUGCAGACGUCCCCCAUCGUUCACCCCCUAGCUCAGCCAGACACUUCCGUUGGGGCCCAGGAAGGAAAUGAAGGUCCCUGGGCUGUUGGGAGGUACGUGAGGGAAGCUAUGGGCUAGGAGGCUGGGAAGCUGUUUGCCCUCAGACAUAAACUCAGGCUUUUUG